AGGUAUGGAACUUGGGCUGUGUUUAUAUACUUUUCUUUCUGUGCUUUGUAAAUGGAGAAUGUAAAGGCUGAAAUCAUAUACCACAUAACCCAACAUUCUGCAAAUGCUGUUAACAGACCUAGCUCAUGUCGGCUUGAUAAAUGAAGUUUUAGUAAAGGAAAGCGAGAAUGAUGACUGGAGUUUAUGGAACUGGGACUGUCGUUUUAAGAAUGAAGAUGAAGCCAGGUUGAGAAGAUGAGGAAAAGUCAGUAACCAGUUCCUUGACAAAUCCCAGUAAAUCUACCCUGACCAUGGAAACAGAAACAAGUGACUGAAAGUCUUUCUCACUAAACAUACUUUCUCUUAACAAUGUCUGGCUCUUAGGCCCACUGAACCUAGCAUCCAUAUCCCCUUCCCUGCCAAGUGAAGACCCUGCACCUGCUUCUUCUCCAGACAACUAAAGUGUCUCUCUCUUGCCCGCUAAAGGCAUCUCUACAGCUUCAGAGGACAUUGCUGACCCAUGGUCUUUGAUGGCUUGGAAAGUUACACCAAGAAGACAUUUGUAACAAGAUGGUUGGUCUGAGGAACAUCUAUUGGCCACAACAGAGUCACCCACCUGUGGCUGAUGUAAACUAGGAACUAGACAAACCCUGGGAGAUGCCUUAAAUAUUUUUUUUUUCUUUUUGUGCCCUGGAGGUGGAAGAACCACAGAGACCAACUGCUGCUCCAUCAGUAAACUGGAAAAGAAAUCAGAAGAGUGGAUAGGACAUGACAGCAAUAAAACUUCUCCCUUCAUCACUUCGAUUUAAGCCUUGGUUUGGCACAAUAGAUGGUCAAUGCAUUCAUCCUCCUAAGACAGCUUCAAUGUCAAGCUGAAGAACAAAGACAGGAUGUGAGGCCAACCAGUGCAGACCAUGGCUGGGCUUUUCACACACAAGCCUGGGAAUGUAUUAUUCAUUUUACUAUGGAUUCAUGCCAUGCCGUUGGUUGUCAAAGCACAGAGUUGUAUAAUUAUGGGAAAGUCUGCAAAUUGCAAGGGGAGCAAUCUGGUGACAGUGCCCAACAACCUGCCCAUUUUUCUUGAAGUACUAGACUUGUCCUACAACAAACUGACCAUUGUUCAGCACCAAGAUUUUGCUAACCUGACCCAGCUGCGCAUUUUAUACCUCAAUUACAACAACAUAUCACAAAUUGAAAAAGGCUCCUUUGAUAAAAAUAUUUUGCUAGAAUACCUGACAAUCUUCAACAAUUCCUUAACAGAAAUUCCCUCAUCAGUAUUACAACCUUUAAAGAAACUGAAGACUCUGGACAUAUCAAACAAUUUCUAUACCUGUGCCAGACUGGCAGGUGAUUUUGGCUCAUUUCAUAAUCUGAGGGACUUUUCACUUGGUGGACCUUUAAUCAAAUCUUUAAAGAAUUAUGAUUUUGUUCCUAUACAGAACUUGUCAUUAUACAAAUUUUCUUUAAAGACUGCAUCAAGCUUAUUGCAUUAUGAACCAGGAGCUUUAUCUGUGGUUAAUACUCAAGAACUUUGGUUGGAUAUUGCAUUAGAUAAAUAUGCUGAUGCUCUACCAUUGAUAUUGAAAGAUUUAUGUAGAAAAUCCUUUCAGCUUCUUCGCUUUCGAAAUUUGUUUGAAUUCACCUAUUACACGGAGACAAGUGAUAUUUUCACUGGUUUAGCAGAUGUCUGUGCAAAGAAAUUAAUUUUCUAUAGGGGCAAAUUUAAUGAGAACUUAAUGAGACUUGUUUUGUGGAAUAUUCAAAAGUCCAGUAUUGCAAACCUGUCAUUUCAGAGCAUUGACUUUGCACGGUCAUUGAACUCAACAGAAUCUAAGAUUCCUAUCACCCAUCUAGUCUUGAAUCAGUUAGAAUUAAAAGACAUCAGCAACCCAGAUGUUCUGAGGUUUGACUGGAGCUUCACAUGGUUUCAGAAUGUCACUAAUCUCCAUAUAAUCAAUGUUAAUUUUAACUAUGUCCCCUGCGAUGCGUGGACUGAAAUGAAAAAUGUUCAGCAAUUGGACAUAAGUUAUAACAGGCUUCAAGAUGAUUUCAUUUACAAUCAAAGAUGCAGUUAUGAAGGUUCAAUGCCUGUGCUGCAGUACUUUACAAUAAAAGACAAUAAGCUUGCCAGUCUGCAGGUCUUGUCCCUGCUUAGUAGCAAUUGGUUACAUCUACAGUAUAUUGAUAUUAGCAAAAAUCAAAUUAAGGACAGUAAUGGAACAUGUAACUGGAAGCCAAACAUAACCAAACUUAUUAUGAAUUAUAAUACUGUCAGUAUGAAAAUCUUUUCAUGUCUCCCCACUACAUUGCAGUACCUCGACAUGUCAAACUGUGGACUUGAUCAGCUGGACACAGAGUACUUCCUUAGGGCUUUAAAUCUACAGACGUUGUUUCUAAGUGGAAACAAGAUCAAAUUUAUUCCCAGUGAAUGGAGUAGCCCUGGCCUGCAAACUCUAUAUGUAGAUGGGAAUUCUUUUGGUGUCAUCAGCAAAGGUUCUUUUCAUAUGAUGCCCAGCCUGAGAGAGCUCAAGGCAGGCAAUAACCCUUACCAUUGUACUUGUGAGUUGCAUGCUUUUAUAGACGAAACCCUUGACACAAAGAAUCUGGAGCUGGCAGGUUGGCCAGAUGCUUAUAUCUGUUAUCAUCCAGAAAAAUUCCUCAAUACAGCCAUCAAAGAUUUUGAUCCAGGACGUUUACAGUGCGACAUCACUUUAGUGGUAGCUGUUUCAGUCUCUUCGACUGCUGUUAUUGUCAUCUUUAUAAUGUUGCUUUGUUGGAAAUUUGAUGUGCCUUGGUAUAUUAAAGCAACAUGUCAACUACUUCAGUCAAAAUAUCGAUCACAUAAGUCAGGUCCAUCUCGUAAAUGGAAUUACCAUGCAUUCAUUUCCUACAGCAGCUCUGAUGCAGAAUGGGUAAGGGGCCAGCUGCUGCCACAUCUGGAGAAUGCAACUCCACCUUACCGAAUCUGCAUUCAUGAGAGGGAUUUCAUGCCAGGCAAAUGGAUCAUAGACAACAUUGUAGAGAACAUUGAGAACAGUUGUAAAAUAAUUUUUGUUCUUUCUCAGAAUUUUGUCAAUAGCGAGUGGUGCAACUAUGAACUAUACUUUGCUCAUCAGCGGACUAUUGGGGAGGCUUUUGAAGAUGUCAUUCUAGUGGUCAAGGAAAGCCUAAAUUUUGAAAAUCUGCCCAACAAGUUUUGCAAGUUAAGGAAACUGAUUCACACUAAAACUUACCUUGAGUGGCCCAUAGAAGUGAACAGACAGGUUUUUUUCUGGGCACAGUUAAAAAGUGUUUUGGGUAGCGCUGAUACAGAUGACCCAAGCCUGAAAGAGCAUUCUGUAGAAAACAAAAUGAAUAAUUUUGCUGAACUGCUGUCUGUGCAUUCUGAGAACCUUCCUACCUCCACCAGUGAGGCAGAUUCUGCUUCCUCAUGCACCUCUCACUCAAUGGAGCAGAUGCCUGAAUGCUAAAAUUGCACUUUCUCCAAUGCUUUCAGAACAUUUCCCACAUCUGCAGAUCAGCACAUUUUCUGAGAAACACUUGUAUUAUGUGGAGAGUAUGUCUGUAAGAUGAACCUGCAAGUUUUUGUUUUUAUCAUGUAUUUUGGCUCCUGUCACAAGUAGCCAAAAGGAAAAGGUCAGUGCUGUGUGCACAAAUACACUGUAUGUGAGGUCACAUGGAAGGUAAAGACUGAAAACAACCAGAAGUAGUUAAGAUAACCUCCAAGCACUGUACUGAAAAGCUAACAAGCCAGUAGAUAGACAGAAGAAACAGAAGUAUGUGAAUGGCAGAGGGGAAAUGAAGGAUUUUCUUUAACAUUUUGUGAUGCAGAUGUUUAAGUUAUGUAGGCCUUGGCACCAUGACGGGAAAUGGAAACAUUUCCUGCUGUAUAUUGUGCUUCAGGUCUUUGCAUUAUAUAGGCCUUUGUACCAAGAUAAAUGUUGUGAUUUUUCAGACUACUUCAUGCAUUCAUAUUAUAUGUGAUAUAUGUAUAAUAUAUUAUAUGUUCAGUAUUCUAUAUACUCACCUUUAUUCAUGGAACAGAAGUUGAAUAACCCAAACAGGACCGUCUGUCUUUGGUAUUAUCUACUCUGGUUACCUACACAUCUGCUUACAAUAGUUGCAAAAGGCUAUUUCAAAUGUCCACCUGUGUCCGAAGGUCUCUUGUCACACUUUCGGUGUUAAGUAGACUACCGCCUAUGUGGUAGUUUACGGG